AAAAUGGAAUGGGGAGGAGAGUAUUCUUUUGAUUCUUCCAAUUUAGACUGUUUGUUAAAUGCCCUUCCUGGAGAAUUGGAGUUUCAACAAAUCAUUAGUGAUCUUGAUGAAAAAAUAAAGAAGAACUCUUCUAGCAUAGAACAGUGUCUUAAAGACCUGCAAUCAGAAGUAAAUGAAAUAUGUACCGAUGAAAUGCUGCAAAGCACAACCGACUGCCUUCAGUGGCUAAGCAACUGCAAUUUUAGUUCUCUCAGACCUUCUUCCACGCACCACGGAGAGCUGGUGGAAUUCCUUAGGACCCUGCAAAGCUUGCUGAAGAAUGAGCAAAAUCAAGAAGAAAUGAUACUUCACUUCCUUCUGGAUCUCUCUAGUCAGUGUGGUGUCUCGUUUCCCUGUACUCCAAGUGGGAUGUCUUUUGAGUUAACGUCUUCCCUUCAUGCCAUUGAGGAUGAUUCAACUAUGGAUGUGAAAUCUCUGUGGGAUGAUGUGAGAUUGCAUCUUCGACGAUUUUUAGUAAAUAGACUGCAAAGUCAAGAAGAAACAAGUACUAAUGCUUUACAACAACAAAUGGAGUUUAAAACUCAGUGCAUACAGCAACUUUUGUUUCUUUAUCCUGAAUCAGAAGUCUUAACGAAGUAUCAGAAUAUGCAGAAUAAACUGGUUAGCGAUCUUCUACAGAACUGUGUUUUGUCUAGUUGUGGUGAAACAAAUUUUGAUAAGGUGGUUCAUGGUUACCAAAGUUCCGUACCCACAUUGUGCACAAUGAUAAAAGAGGAUUUGUAUAUACUGAGUGGAACUAUUGAUCCUUCUUCAUCGCUGAAGUUUAUUAAUGAAACUUACCUGGAUACCAUCACUGAAGAAAUGACAGUUCUUCUUGGACGACUUUGUGAGCUGCAGUUCAAAGAAAAUGCUCUACAUACAGUUAAGGCAAACAAGAUUUCAAAGAAGCAUAGAGGAACAGUUCAUGCUGUGGCCUCCCAAGAAUCCCACAAAAAAGGAAGGAACUUCUGCUUAACAUUGUAUCAACUCAAGUGUCUUUCUCAACUUAUCAAACUCUUUUUAUUAAUGGAAGAAAAAAUUGAAGAGCUCUCCACAGAAAUUCUGUUGGUGCCUUCAUUUACAGAGAAGAAUAAGAGUGUUCAAGGAGUUCUGAAGAAAGCUAGUGGGGAGCUUUUAAUAGGAGAAACUAGAGCAAAUGAAACCAGUGUGCUUCCUGAACAGUUACUUCAGGUAGAAGAGCCUAUUUCGCUGAAUUUUGGCUGGAGAAAUGCAUUUAAAGACCUGUCUUCUUCUGUGGCUCACUGUGUAACAAUAGCAAUUGAGGAUUUUUCAACUAAAAUUCUUCAACAUGAGCAGAAAGAAGAGUUUUCAGCUGCAGGCUAUGCAAUGAACCUUGUAAACAACCAGCAAAUGAGGGAGUCCUGCGGAGCAGUCCAACAGGAGGAGCAACCAAAACGAAUUGCUAAGUUUUGCUCUGACAUCAUGGAAGAACUUGACACAUUGCUUCCAUUGGCUCUGGCAUGCAGAGAUGAUUCUCUUCAGGAAAUUCGAGCAAACUUUGUAGAGGCCUGCAGCAAAGUGGCAGCAGCUGUUCUGGCAAGGCUACAGGACAAGAGCAAAGACGUUCCCUCCAAGGCUCCCCUGCAAGACCUGUAUACUGCCCUUUCUACAGCGAUAUAUGUCUUUCAGCAUUUUACAAUGUAUAGCAAUUUAAUGCGAGAAACAAGCAAAAAACCCCUGUUCCUAGUGCCUGUCCAACAAUAUCAGGAAUUCAUCAAUGCUCUCCAGUUUCAAGUUACGAACUACUGCGUCAGAGUUUGUGCUACAAGCAUUUUACAGGAUGCUGAGAGCCACCACUGGGAUGACUACAAAGCUUUUUAUGAGGGGGAAAGAUGCUCAUUCUCUGUCCAGAUGUGGCAUUACUUCUGCUGUGCUCUUCAUCAUGAUCUGUGGACUAUUCUACCUCCCAAGACAGCCCAGGAGAUUCUUACAGAUGUACUAGAGCAAUCUUUGGCUAUGCUGUCCUCCAGAUAUUGUCAGGCCUGCCCCAGUUACAAGAGAACACCACAAAUCAGAAUUGAUAUUGCAGCAAUUUUGAUGUCCACUGAAGAUAUACUCUGGUCAGUUUGCAGCUCUGUACAGCAGUUUCUGAAUCCACAUGAAGACAGAGAUCUCAAGAUCUGUAAAAUACAUAGCCACUGCAAUAGUCUGCUCUCUGUGCUGGCUAUUUUAACUUCACCGCUGAAGAAUUUGUAUGAGACAUUUCUGAACAAUUCUGAUGAACAUCUUCCUCAAGAUUUUUCAGAAGUCUUUUAUCAUCCAUUACACUGGUUAUUUUGCAUACCAUCAUCCUGUUCUUCCUUACUGAGGACUCCAUCAGCCAGAGAAAUGGCAGCCCAGGGUCAGCUGAAACUGCUCUUAUCCCAGCCAUACUGUAAUGUGAACUUGCUUUUGGAAACGUUGCUACACCAUGAUUGUCUCUUAGUGAAAAUUUUACUGAGGAGUUCAAGAAAUGAAGUAUUGAAUCGUGAUGAACAACGUUCUCCCUUAGAACAGAUAAAUAACAAACAGCCUACUCUGAUUGAAACAAUCUUCACAGUACUGUCUUACUGCACUUUGUCACCCAAAUCUCUUGGCAUUGCUUUUGAGACCUACAUGGAAAAGGAGCAGUUGUGGAAUUGCUUAUACAAUAUGACAGUUUCCAGUUGUGGUGAGUCGGAGCCAGAGGUUAUCAGAUGUUUGAAGUUGACUCUGAUUAAUUCAGUCAAGGGUAUAGUGAAGCAGAUCAUUUCUUUGAUGCAUUCGUGGGAGGCAACAGAAAACUAUGGAACCUACCAACACAAGCAAAUAGUUCCUGAAAGUUUACUGAAAACGGUCCCAAAGGAAUGGAAUUACACUCCUCGGGAAAUGAAGAGAAAAGAAUCUGGGAAAUGCUUCACGAGGCUUGCAGCUCAGGCAGUAUCUAUUGUAAUCAGCAAGUUACCUACAGUGAUUGCAUGUUUGCCUCCCCCAAUUAAGUACUUCUUUUUUCUGGCUGAGAGAAAAAUGUCAAGAAACUUUGCUGAAUUGAAGAAAGCUGGUCUGCUUGUCUGGAACUUGAUUGUAAUUAUAUGUCGGAUAUUUGAGGAUGGAAAUACUGCAGAACUUUUAACAGGUGCAACACUUGACAGAUGGAGCAAAGAAAAACUCAGUUUAGUUCGUGUGUGCUUAGAAAGCAUUAUGGGAAAACAGAAAAGUGGUCCCAAGCAAGUGACCCAGAAGGUUAUACAAAGCAUUGAACAGCAACGACCCAACUGGAUUGAAAGCCAGUUGCUGAAGGCAAGAAAAUUGAGCACAGACUGUGCCUCGGUCACAGUAGAAGGUGCAACGUUAGAGGAAGGAGGUAUUGCACUUGGAUUCACUGAGCAGAAAAUAAACAUGAUGGUCCUGGAUAUCUGCCACAAACCAGGUGGCAGCGAGUACCUGAGGCAAAUUUAUCACAUCAUCCAGCUCAAUGAGGAAUAUUUGAAAGAGCAGCUGUCUUGUGAGAAUUCUUCUGAAGAUGGUGUUACCUCCAGUCAAUGCCUGCCUUUGACACGGAAGGACAGAGACGAGCAGCCAGUCUUCAACCCUUUCCAGGUGUACAGGCAGUCUUGUGCAAAAGUGUUCAAUCAGUCAACCAUUACUGAAUGGAACUGGGAUUGGUCAAACUUGCUGCCAAGUUAUUUGGGACUGAACAAGAUGACCUUCAGGGUGCUGCUGGCACACAGGUGGGAGAUGAAAGAAGGUGCAGAUCUUGAAGAUGAGGAGAAAGUUAUGGUGGAACACUUAAAAAAUGUUUAUUUGACACAGAGCACUCCUACCUCAGUGGAUAAAGAAGAAUAA